CUGGAAUAUUCCAUUUUCUCGACGAGUGCCUCGAUGGAAAUUCUACAAGGAGACGAAAAAUACUUGUGCAUCGCUGCACGAAGUCUUGCACGAGACGCUCUGAAAUCAGCAAAAGCAUCAAUACAGCGACUCAAUAACAUUGCAGAUCAAAUGGAAGAAAACAUAAAACAAACAGCAUUUCAUAUUUCAAAAACUCUCAUGGAUUCGUCGGGCAACCUUCUGCAAAAACUCGAGAGGGAAGGAUUAACUGGAGCCUCUAGAGAUCUUGCAUGCAGUGCAAUUGAGUCGGCUGCAAAAUCUUUCUCUAAAUUUCCCGAAGACGAGACUUCACUGCAGAAAAUUGCUGAGGAUGACUCGGGCUUGCUGAACGCAGCAGCAAAGGUAUCCACAGUUUCCGUUCGUGCUUCUUUGGGAGAAUUCUUUGAUCGAGGCUUCAUCGGUGACCAGGAGUUAGAGGAAGCUACAGACUACUUAGCGACUCAUGCAGUGCUCUCGGCUGAAAAUCUACUCGAUUCAUUACAAGGUGAAAUUUCGGCAGGUUCUCUUGACUUGGAAAUCUGUAAAGUUGCCAAAGACCUGGCUUUAAAUACAGUUGUUUCAGCAGAAAGAUCAAUUACCAGCCUGGCAGAGGAACACCAAGAACCUUCAGCAAAACGCAGUCUUCAACUUGGAACCUUGUUUUGGAAGGUUACAACCUAUGUAGAGCAGCUGAUAAACGGUGCUUUGAGAAAUCUUGGGGCAGAGUGGUGUUUUGUCCACAUGGAUGACGAUUCAGAAGAAUACGAGGAGCUUACGCACGAUGAGGCUCGUCUAGCUGACAAGGCAUACAAUGACCAGAGAGAGAUCCUGAUGAUGAGAGCGUCAAAAAUUGUGCAGAACGCCAUUGAAAUCGCAAAGUCAAGGACUGCCUGUAAGUCAUUCUUUCUUGACCAACCUGUUGCAGAUGGCAAGCCUCACUCUCGUCGUAAAAGUUCCGUUCAUUUUAACGAGACUUCAGUUUUGCAUAGUCGUCGGGACAACGACAUUCCCCGUGACACAGACUACUUAUGCUCGGCAAACAGGCCUCCGACCCCUCGUUUCAGAAAGGAUCGUCUCGGUUCUGUUGUCUCACAGGAAGUUGAGGAGCUCGAGAAAGAAUUGGCCUUUUCUUCAGGUAGUGAUAUAACUGAAAAGAAAUCAUCUAGUACUAGUCUUGUACGGCGACGCCUGUCCGAUCCAGGACCGGAGUUUUGCACCGAAGAUAUCUCGAUCCCGAGGACAGAGCGUUUAGUGUCCGACUCAAGCAUAGACCACCAAGGUACUACCCUGGACAUAAAAGGCUCUUUGUAUGAUAUUUUAAAGAAACGAGAAGAGUCAGCGAGCUGCGAGAUCUCUCCUUCCGAGUCAUAUGUUGUCCUUCCACAUUUGAAUCUAUCUGAGCUUUCCUUGAUUGCCGCCCGAGUGGAGGCUUACGAAUGUUUAUGGAAACAGAAGGCGACAACUCCUUCGGUAACAAGCCUGCCAUCUUUAUCUCCCAAAAGCUCCUUUGUAGUCAGUGAAGCCGCUGAACAUGUCAACUCGGAUAAAGAAACAAAAAUACUUUCGGCUUCACUAUCUUCUCGUCUGCCAGAUAUAAGUAAGUCUGCCUCCAAAAUCUGCAAGCCUUCGUCGAGUUCAAGCUCCCUUGAAGGCCCGUCGGCGUAUCGUAAGCAAACAUCGUUGCAAAAGCUCAAUCUUCCAUCUAAAACCUCUCUCAAGGCUUCGAAGGAGUCUGUAAAAGUACAAUCGAAAUCUUCGACCGGAAAGGCCUUACAUUCGUCGCGUACCUCAGCUGAAAAAGUGUCAUCACCAGUGUCAUCUCGAAGUUCCCUGUCUAAAAAGGAAGGGACUAGGCAAGGUUCAGGAGAAAAUGUGACUUUGUUUUCGCCUAAAUCGUCUGUGAAAGAUGCGUCUCAUUCACAGCGAACCUCAGAUGCAAAGGUUGUCCAUUCUUCUCACAGCUCACUUACGAAAGCCACAGUUUCUCCUCGUACUUCUGUUGAGAAAGCUGUAAUUUCAAAGGGAAGAUCAUCUAAAACUCAAAUCAAGACGUCUCCUAAAAGUUCUAAACUUUAUGGCUCCAUAGAAAAAACGACAACUCCUCCCACUACCUCUUUACAGAGAGGACUUUCGUCUGCCCGACGGUCGAUAGAGAAGGUAGCCUUGAAUCCAAGUGAGUCAAAACAAAAGAAAGCUUCCUCCACAGGUGCUUUCAGCCAGAAAGUUGUAUCUUCACCGACUGCUUCAAAAGAAAGUGUAGUUUCGUCCUCUACGACAUCGAAGAGAGGCACUAUGUUGUCUGCAAGUGCUUCUACCGGAAACGCCACAUUAUCCCCUCGUAGAUUCAAAGGAAACAUCACACGAUCACGGCAUUCGUCUUCCGAGAAUGCAUCAUUAUCCCAAGGUGUCUCCACAGAAGCAACAACAAUAUCGCCUCAUAAUUCUCUCGAGGAUAUGUCACUGUUGUCACGUGGCUCUACCGAGGACACCGUUUCCAGGCGAGCUUCCAAAGGGAAAGAUAGUAAACCAUCAAGUACGUCAUUUGAAAAUACAAAGUUGUCUCUUAGAUCGUCUAAGAGAGAUGCCACACAAUCACCAAGUGCUUCCCCUAAGAAUACGACGGUGCUGUCGCGUAUUUCCAAGGAGAAAAUCACGCAAUCUUCUCGAAAUUCUUCUGAGAGAAUUGUAUCAAAUCAAUGCGCUUCUAAAGGGUUAGCUACCCAGUCUUCGAAUGCAAAGAUUUCACGUUCUCCAAAUAUAUCCAAAGAAAACGCUCAGGUCUCCCUCCUUAUUUCUUCAGAAGAGGCCACUUCUUCCUCCGGAUCGAACGGAAAGGCAGCCGGAAGCGCAUCGUCUUCGCCGAAAGCCCCUGGUGAUACCGAGUUAGCAUUGUCUAUGACUUCCAUGACCAUAGUCAAAACACAUUCGAGUCAAUCUGCAAAGGAUGUGCAGCCAGAGGAGUCUACAAUGAAAACGGAACCCACCGAUGGAAAAUUGUCUGAAGAUUUGGUUCGGUCCCCUGAAAAAGUGAGAGAUAAAACCGAUCCUGAUGGGUUUUCAUCCCCUGUCGAAGACAUCGCACUCAGAUCAGACUUCGUGCAGGUAAUGGGUGAAGAACCAAUGGAAAGUAAGAAUAUUGAGAUCACCAAGGACUCUACGAAAGAUGUUCGUAGCCUAGAGAGACUUAUCCAGGACAAGAGAUUCACUCCGGAAGGAGCCGAGGCGGGCUCAAGGUCGGCCUCUAGUGUUGACAUGACGACCAUGAGAAGGUCCACAGAUCCAACAGGAGAAAAAAGAGUUCACGCGGAUUCCACCGACAAACGUAAGGGAGCAAAAUCCAUUUUGACGGCGCCUGAUUCGACGAUAGUUUCGCCAGAAUCUUCUAUAGAAAAGGCAGCAUCGAUGGACAGUGAAAGAGAAGUUGUGGCUAUGGAAAGCGGAGGUAAAGAUGAGAGGGAAUUGCAAGGCGUUUUCAUUACGUCUGGAGAUAAACGCUUUUCGCAGGAAGGAGACAAGAAAGGGCAACUUAUUGAAAUGACCGAUUCCGCAACGGACGGGAAGCAAGUUCAACAGUUCAGUACGAAAAAAACAGCAACAAAAAGCUUCGAAGGCUACCCCUUGUCAAGGAAAGUGAGCGUGUCACGGUCUAUCCACGACACUCUUGAUGAUAUCGUUCAGAAAAUGUUAGACACAACGGACGAACCAACUAAAGACCUUUCUCAUUCUCGUUCCUUAUGUCUUGGACCGUGGAAGGAGUUCAGGUGCGAAAGCGAAGGAGGCCUUGGAAUGCCAAGGCUCAGCAAAGGGAGGCUUCCCACUGGCAAGGUUUCUAGGACAGUGAUGGACACUGUGGACUUCAUGCUUCAAAGUGUCUCGUCAUAUGACAACUUGGGUUCCCGGAAAGGUUCUGGUAGACACUUAGGUGGAGGCGUAUCAAGAACAAUCUCCUCUAUGGAUAAUUUAUCCAGAGGUUCUACCUUGGCACAAAACAUGUCACGCGUCCAUGGAAUCAGCCCAUCGCCACCAACUAGCCUUCAACCAAAAGUGCCAUCUCCGAGAAGAUCUCUGUUAAUCGCUACUUCGUCCCAGGACUCGAUGGGAGUCCGUGCUACCCAAUCAGAUUCCACUAUACUUAGUUCGUCAAGUGAUAAAGCCGUCGACCUCAAACCUAAAGUGUCAGGGGCGUGGCUUGAUGGUGCUAUGGUCGCAAGUGGGGUGAUGUCUGAUACGGCUAAUUCCCCAAUGAGACCUUCCUCGAGUCCUGCUCCCUCACAGCAUAGGCGAGCUUCGCAAGGAAGUCUUUCGGCGAAAACCUCCUUGGAUGGCAUUUGCCUCGAGAGGAAUAACUCAAUCGAGAAAGGGAGUUAA